CAAGCAUCCUCGAGCAUCACGGAGACCAGGCGCGAGGACACUCCGCGCGAGGACACUCCGAACAAGCAUUUUGAGGGAUACCUGCCGCUUCUCGCGGCAGAACAAACUCACCACAGUACCUGCUCUUCAGAUCGUUUUAGUUCUAUCCCAGCAUGCAGAUCCCUGGACAGGGGCGAGUCUCGUGGGUGCUGGUGGUGUUGGCCGUCAUGGCAUGGACCGGAGAGGCGCGUGUCAAACUCAACUCUAUCAGAACGGUCAUCCUACGGGAGUCGCACGUGCAGGCGUUCAACCGGAGCAUAGGAGACAGAGGAGACGAUAUGGUGUAUCCAUGUAUUAGUGAUUUGGAAUGCAGCGAGGGCAGUUAUUGCCACGCCCCCUCCCGGAGAAACCCUGCCCCACCUCGCUGUCUCACCUGCCGCAGGAAGAAGAGGCGUUGCCAUAGAGAUGGCAUGUGCUGCUCCGGCAACCACUGUAGCAACAAUGCGUGUGUUCCAGUGGUCGUGUCUCACAGCAUCCAGGAUCUGGGAUGGAGGAGAGGAGGGAGGAAGACUGGGAAGAGCCCCACCAAACCUUCCACCAAAGGUGGUCCGGGUUCCCCCUGCGUGAGGUCAGCUGACUGCAGCCUGGGGCACUGCUGUGCGCGGCACUUCUGGUCCCGUGUGUGUAAACCUCUGGUGCUGCUGGGACAGGUGUGCACACGCCAGCGCAGGAAGUUACAUCACAGCCUGGAGCUGUUCCAGCGCUGCGACUGUGGGGCGGGGCUUAGCUGCAGGCCGCUGGCACGCCACGCUCAACAGCUCACAGGCCACGCCCAACAGCUCACAGGCCACGCCCACCAGCUCACAGGCCACGCCCACCGUUCAUCGGCAUCAUCAUCCUCGUCUUCGUCGCUGCCGUCGCCAACGAAAGCUCGACUUCAUGUCUGCCAGAGAGAGUGAAGAGAGGAGAGGAGAGAAGGAGGGAAUAAAGUGAUCAUCCAGCCUGAUGGAGGAGGAUGAGGUUACAAUCCAACCUGAAGACUUCAAGACUGUGUGUGUGUGUAUCUCUGUGUGUGUAUCUGUGUGUGUGUGUUUCAAAAAU